AUUUUACAGUUUCAUUAUCCGCAUUUGCUGUAAAACAUUAUCUACGUGAAGAGGAAGCAAGCGAAUGCGAUGAUGUUCGACCUUUUAUUUCAGACAUAAAAUCAACUUUACCGGGAUUUGAAAAUCUAAAGACUCAGGACGAAGUUGAGAAUAAGAACGCGGUUGACAAUAACACGUAUAAAAAAGUUCCGUCAUGGAACCAUAUUUUAAGUUCAUUUAGUAACAGAAAGGAACCGCAUCAACGUGGAAAAGGAAAAGAAUUGGAAAUGGAAUCACCUAAUCAUAAUCUUCCUUUAGAGAUUUCUUUAUAUAUUUCCGAUUAUGUUACAACUCAAUUUAGGGAAGAGAGAAUUGGUGUGCCAAUAUCUAAUAAUAUGUUACAAAAUGUUAAUAUGUUGAUAGAAUGUUUGUCAUCUUUUGAAAGAAUUUUGAGAACACCAAUUCCUUUGGCAUAUUCUAUUCAUUUAUCCCAAACCGUGUGGAUUUAUUGUCUCUCCUUACCUUUCCAAUUGGUUUCUUUCGUUGGUUGGUCGACCAUUCCUAUUGUGUUCUUUGCUAGUUUUAUUUUGCUUGGUAUCGAAAGAAUUGCCGCAGAGAUAGAAAAUCCUUUUGGCUAUGAUCCGAAUGAUUUAGAUUUGGACGGUUUUUGCGAAAUUAUCCAACGAGAACUCGAAAUCAUCAUAAAACAUUCUCCACCAAAUGUUGACCAUUGGGUAUACGACAAAGGAAAUCUUGAUGCUAUAGAAAAUGCGGAUAAUGAAACUGUAAAAUCUAUAAAUGAUGAAAAUAGU